GCGCUUCAUUCUUUCCUGCUCCACUGAAAGAAAGAUGGAGAGACUAUAGCCAGAUGUUGCAGUUUGUCCAGAGGCCACAAGAUGAGAGAGCAGGCAAUAUCAGCAUUACAGCUACUUGAUGGAGAAAAAUAAAGGAAUCCCUUUAAGAUGACACGUACAGACCCACCUGACAUACUGGUAUCUACUGUGCAUCAAGAUAUAAAAGUGAUUCCCAUUUCUUCCCACUACAAGUCCUUGCAUCUGUCCAAACAAUGUGAUUCAAUAAAUUACAGCACACUGGAGGACAGUAAGAGCAAAGUCAGUAAGAGGCACUGCCGAACAUUUGCCUAUAAGUCAUUGGAGAACCCCAAAUCACACAAGUUCUUCAUGAAGUCCCCAUACAAGAAGGCUGACAGGCAGACAGCCAACCCAGAAGUUGCCUGGGAUGCCUUGGGCCGUCAGCAGAGAUAUCGCUUCUCUGCUCCUGACAUUUUCAGUCAUAGAUUAACUCCUCAAUCAGUGGAUGCAGAAAUGGCUAGUGAAGUAGUUGUUCCUGAGCAUAAAAGAAGGACCAGGUCAAAAAGUGCCUCUCGGGUCCAGACCAGCCUCACUCCUGUGUCAUUUGAAGGACCAUCAUCUUCAGGAAGGAGAGGAAGAGACUCUCAAAAGGCUCCAAGAGACUCUCGCUGGAGACCUGAAGUAUCACAUAGGGAGCCAUCCUAUGCAGCAUCAAGGGCUCAUAUGCAUGAAGUACAUCUUAUUAAGUUGCAGCCUCAAAGUGAUGAUAGCAGCAGAUACUCUCCACAUUAUGCUUCAGAUAAAUUUGACGAUGGAAGUCUGGAUAAACCAGCAACUAGCCCUCAUGUGAGGUGUCGAGUAGACAUUAAGCCUGAUGCAUCACAUCAUUCAGGACAGAAACAGACUACAACACCGGUGGACAUACCCUGGCAAAAACAACACAGUGGGGGGAGGAGUCUGACUGUGCCACGUCAUUUCUCUUACUCUAGGACCCCAACCCCCACUGAUUCAAUGGGUGCAGAGAGUAGGCAAGCUUAUCAAUAUUCUCGCAGCGUGCCAAAUAGUUACCCACAACACAUGGAACAUCCCUUGCAAAGGAUGACUUCUUCAGGCAACUAUUAUGGUAGGGAAACACGCGCUCACUCUAGUCCUAAUGUGCCAACUAAGUUCUUUUAUGCAGAUGACCCAGGAAGAUAUGUUACUACUGCUCCUCCACAGCCAACUUCCUAUUUUCAUGAUGAACGUUACACUCCAGGACAACCAUAUACUCCAAAAGUGCAAUAUGUGCAGGAUCCAAGGACUCGAAUGGUGCAUGCUGUAGCUGCAAGACCUUAUUACCCUGAAAUGGAGCCCUAUGGAUACUCUGUGCAGACAGGGUAUCCCAGACCUUAUUCAGCAAAUGAACCGGGGCCGUAUAUUAUUAGGACACCCCCAGCAAGAAUAUUUUAUGGUGAUGAUCCAAGAACUUAUCAGAUUCAGACUGCACCGCCAAGGUUUUAUUACUCUAGUGACAUGUAUGCAAUGCCACCAGAACACCACGUCCCAGCAAGGGCCUAUUACACUGAGGGCCGAAGGCACGCUAGGGUUGUUCAGCCACAAACAGAUGACUGGUAUGGCUCAGAUGCAUCAGGAUAUUCCACCAAUCCAGCCUCAUAUGUUUCUCAAGUGACUCCAACCAGAGUCCAGCAAGAGCCUGUUCUCACUCCGUGGUAUACCAGCCCAUGUGUUGAACCUCAAAGAAUAGGCACUGACUCCAAAUCUUACUCAAGGUCUUGGGACAAUAUUCUCAACUCGCGUGUAGAAAGAGAACAGCCUCUCCCUGUGCAGAGAGGUCAAAGCUACGAUGAUCUUCUUGACUCCAGGAAGCCUUCCACAGCCACGGGUGAUAAACCACAACCAGUGGUCGUCAAUCUUUCUAGUUCACCAAGACGCUACGCAGCCUUAUCAGUAUCGGAUAACUCACUUAUUGACAAAAGCCCAACAGAGACAGCAAAAAGCACGACCAGUAAACUUUGGUUUGUCACUCCUGAGAUAACAAUCACUGAUAAUGACAUUAGGACAGGGAAUCUUAACAAGGUUGAAGGACGGUCAGCAAGUUGGGAUGUUCUUGAUUCCAGAAGCAUUGAGGGUCCAGAGAUGUCUCUUCGUGAUUUUGAAAGCUCAACCAAAGAAAAGACACACGACAAUGCCUCACUUCAGCAAAGCCUUGAGCAGCUUGACGAGCUUUUAGCAGAUCUUGUGACUGACUACAAGCCUCCCAGCAGAAGAGCAAGUGAGGACAUCCUGGACCAACUAAAAAAGUUAAUUGAUGAAGAAGAAGCUGUGUCUCUGGCCAGAAAAAGCUCAAAGACAGGUGCAGAGGAACCACCCCCCUUGGACAAGCAGCCAACCUCAAUUAGAAUGAACCCUGAUACUUUUCGAGAAAUGGAUGGAGUUAGUGAUGCAAUGAAGACUGCAGAAGAGUGCUCCCCAGAUCAGAGCCCAGAUGAGGAUGAUACAAUGAUGUGCUCUAACAACAAAUGUCGAAGAACAGAAACCUUAUUUAAUGCCUGUCUCUAUUUUAAAUCCUGCCACAGCUGUUACACCUACUACUGUUCGCGAAACUGUCGCAGAGAGGACUGGGACAUUCACAAAGAAAGCUGCUUGUAUGGAAGAAUAGGAAGCACAUGCCGCCACAUAAUAAAACACUGCCGGGAGACUGUUGAAGUCCACAAAGCCUUCUCCCGUAUUGCCAAGGUUGGCUACCUUUCUCGAGGUAGGGGGGUUCUCUUCCUUGGUUUUCCAAACCCUGCAUCCUCAAGUAACUUCCUGCAGUAUGGCUUGGAUAGUUUACCCAUGUCUCCUACAUAUCUGUCCCUCCGAGAGCUUGAAAGCUUCAAGGACAAUCUAGGUGAGUACUGUAAGGAACUGCAGGAAGCUGGUAAAGAAUAUGACCCAAAUGAAUGUUUCAUCUUGAAUGUAUCCAUUGCUGUGGGCGAGCAGCUUCCCGAUGGGCCAUCACCAAGAAAUCAAGCUCCAACCGUUAGAAAAUAUGCAAAGGUCGCAUUGGCUUCCUUUAGCCCAGAAAAAAAGGUACACAAGAAGGAGAGUGACAUGGAAACACUAAUCCUUACUCCACCCCCAGGAACAGCAGAUAUUGACAAGGAGGGAGAGGAGGGUCGGAAGGCUAGAGAAAUCUGCUUCAUCAACAUACAAAGAGAGUUGAGAAUGCGAGGGGUUUUCCUACGCCAUGAAUUCCCACAUGUGUAUCAGCAGCUCUGUGAAUUUGUAGAAAAUAACAGAAGGUUCACACCCACAACUAUCUAUCCAAUUGAUAAGCGGACUGGUAAACAGUUUAUGUGCAUGAUUAUGGCUGCCUCAGAGCCCAGGACAUUGGACUGGGUUGGCACUCCACAUCUCCUUGAUGACAUUAUUUAG